CUGGAGACUUGGGCGGGGAAUAACCUGAUGAAAUUUGACAAGGGCAAGUGUAGAGUCCUGCACCUGGGCAGGAACAACCCCAGGUUCCAGUAUAGGUUGGGAAAUUACAUAUUAGAGAGCAGUGUAGGGGAAAGGGACCUGGGGGUCCUGGUGGACAGCAGGGUGACCAUGAGCCAGCACUGGCCCUUGUGGCCAGGAAGGCCAAUGGUACCUGGGGUGUAUUAGAAGGGGGGUGGCUAGUAGAUCGAGAGAGGUUCUCCUUCCCCUCUGCUCCGCCCUGGUGAGACCACAUCUGGAAUAUUGUGUCCAGUUGUGGCCCCUCAGUUCCAGAAGGACAGGGAACUGCUGGAGAGGGUCCAGCGUAGGGCAACAAAGAUGAUUAAGGGAGUGGAGCACCUCCCUUAUGAAGAAAGGCUGAGGGAGCUGGGUCUCUUUAGUUUGGAGAAGAGGAGACUAAGGGGGGACCUCAUUAAUGUUUAUAAAUAUAUAAAGGGUGAGUGCCAUGAGGAUGGAGCCAGGCUCUUCUCGGGGGCAAACAAUGAUAGGACAAAGGGUAAUGGGAGCCGGAGGAGGGGAUUGCUUUGGGGGCUUCAUCAGGGGUCUGGGACAUGCAGAGGCAGGGGGCCCAGCGGCUGUGUGCCCCCAAUCCAGGGUGCCCCCAUAGCCAUGACCUGGGUGCCGACAGCUGCCUCUGGCCAUUGAUUUCUUCGUUAUUUGCGUCCCCUUCGCUCUCCCGCCCCGCUGCAGCGAUGCUGGUGGGAGGGGGCGUUAAGAAACCCCCCCCACCCAGCACCCACCCCUGUGCUGCUGCUCCUUCUCUCUAGAUUUAUAUAUAUUAAAUAUAUAUUUUUAAAAAAUGAGGGGAGAAAAGACCAUCUAGAGGCUCUCAAGGGCCAGUGCCCUCCCCAGCAGUGUGUGCCCCCCACCCUAGAAAUAAUACCUAGAAAAUUGUUCCAGUGCGAUUCUCAGGGGAGCCCCCGCUCCCAACACCCUGGCCCGGGACCCCCCUGACCCCCCCACCUCCGCCAACCCAGUCUGGUCUCUGGCUGUCCAUGGUGGCCGUGGCUUUCUGGGGGGCAGGGGGUGGUGGAGGCCGUGGGCGGUGGGUGAGGAGGGGGCAGCCAGGCGGGCUGGGGGUUGUGGGUGAGGAAGCCCAGUAGGGACUGAAGCUCCCGGGGGCACAGGCCAUGGAGGUGAUGGGGCUGAUGCUGCUCUGUGGCUCUCGGGGGUUCGCAGCUUGGAGAACGUGGCCAGAGCGUCGGGGAAGUUGGGCGGCGUGGCCGGUGUGUUGCUGGGGGUGCACAUCUGCGGGGGUGUCAGAUCGGCCAUGGAUGGUUUUUGGAGUCCCAACCUGCCAACUCCCCAUCACUGAAGAUCUGGCUGCAUCCCGCACCAGGGGAUGCUCGAAGCCGAGCUCUGGUGUCCUACUGAGCACUAGCACAAAGCCAAGAGUGUUGCUCAGCAGCACCAACCGCGUCUGCCAGGAAUUAAUCUUCAACAUGAACCAGGGGCAGCAGAAGGCAGUCACCAGCACCACAGACAGCAAAGGAGAAGUCUGCAAGAUCCCAUAAGGCUGGAAUAGACUGUUGGCAUCUGCUCUCCACGGCUAAAGUGGAGGAGAGCGUAGAGGGAAAAGAAAUGAAAGUCAUUGACAGUGAAAAAUGCGUGGCGAAACACAGGAGGUUCUGACACAAGAAGACCCUCCCGGGAGCAAGCCAUGACUUCUGGAGCCAGCAUCUCUGGCCCGGGAUGAACGCUUGCCCAUUGCCGUGCGGCCACUUGGGGUGCAAAACUGGGGUUUGAGAGGGGCUGUUGCCCCCCGGUGUCUUGCUCUGCCUGGAGAUGUCUCUGCAGAGGUCCCUGGACAGGACGCCUCUUCCUCAGUCAGCGCUGGCAAAAACCAUCUGGGGACACGCUCCGUCCCCUGGAACUCUUCCUUGUGUGACUCGCAGCUCACGUGUGACAGCGCUGCUCCAAACUUGGCCAUCUCUAAGGACCGGCUUUCUUUGGGAUGUGGGGUUCACUCUCAGAGGAAUCAUGGCAGCCCUGCUUUCUGUGUUGGGGUCUCCCUUUCAGCUAUGGAGCAGCUUCAGUUCGCAGUGCAAAAGGAUCUUGCAAUGGCUGUGUAGCUAGCAGCAGCGUUUCUGAAGCAUCAGAGGAGAUGUCAGAGCCAUGAGGCUGAGGGACGGGACUCCCAGCACAAGAUUGCCCGUGUUUCAAAAGGGAGGCAGCCGUGCCAGCUGGAGAACCUCUCUCGCAGCUCCAUCCCCAGCAAAGAGCUGUCUCUAGAGCAGUUUGUGCUGCUUACGGGCAAGAUCAGCCUUUGCAUUUGAACCACCUUCUUGCAGAGGUGACAGGAAACAUCCUCUGGUUUAUGUCGUUCCAGCUGCAAAGGCCAGGACAGUGUUCUUGAGGGAGCAAGCGAUGAGCACAUUUCCUGGUCAGCAGCCGCUGGCUCGUGCCAACGGUCAAGAGAGGCAGAAGAAAUCCCUUCAGAACAGCUCCCUCUCAAAAGACACCCUUCUGCUUGAUGAACCGCAGGGAAAGGCGUCCUAAACCAGGCACUUUGACCUUGUUUUCAGCCCAGGUUCCCAGUGCUGGUGCACUCGUGAGCCAGUCGCUGCCCAUCUGCCACCAAGGGGAAUCGCCUCCGAGGCCAACUGUGCCAUGGGGAAAGGAAAGGGUGAGACGUCGGGAGAGUUUCAUUUAGUGCACAACACGGAUAAAGCCAUUCUUUCUGCAAUUAAAACUGAGGGUAUUUAAUUGAGUGAAAUGAGAUUUCAUUCCCCAUGACCUGUCUGAUUGUACUUUGAAUCUGGGCACGGGCUGCAGUGACCUGCCACAACAUUUGAGGUGUCACCAGCUGCAUUGUAGGUGGUAAAGUGGGAAAGGCAGGAGGGAGCCUCAGCAUCUCCCAUCCCGUGGGUGACUUCAUCACAAAGGACCAGGGCGGCGCCCGCUCGCUCCUGGGGCGGCUGUUGCCAGGCAACAGAGACACUAUAUUGUCCCCUGUCACCUGUGCCCCUCGCCCAUUUGGUCACUGGCCGUGGUGGGAUCACUUGCCGUGGUGGGAUCACUGUGGUGGUGGACUCAUUUUGGCAGUUGGAUUGCUUUCGUGGUGGGAUCGCUAUUGGUGGUUGCACCACUUUUGGUGGUAGGAUCGCUACUGGUGGUUGAACCACUUCUGGUGGUUGAACUGCUGUUGGUGGUUUUAUCACUUUCGGAACUUGGAUCUGUUUGGCGACUGGAUCACUUUCAUCACUCGGAUUGCUUUUGGCACUUGGAUCUGUUUGGUGACUGGAUCACUUUCUGUGGCAAGGAGGAGGAGGAGAAAGGCUGCUGGCUGCCCAUCCCUCCAACAUCAUCUCCGGACAGAAGAGCUCCCGUCUUCCCACAUCCAGUUCAGUGUUUUCGGGCAGAGCAGCAGCGAUGGCCACACGUGGACUGCUGGAGAUGCUGAACGCCGCCAUGGGGACACCCCAUUUGGGGGUUGUCGACUUGGUGGCACUGCACAAAUUGCUUGAGGCCAUCAUCGGGCAGCUGGGCCAGCAGGAGCUGUCUGUCCUGGAGCCAGAGCAGAGCCCGACCCCCGGCCUGGCAAAGGAUCAGGACAGCAAGGCCCAGCCUGGCCAGGAGAAGGAGGAGGAUGGAGCCCUGGGCACAGGGCAGCACCUCUGGAAACCAAAGCAGCAGCUGGAUGAGAAGGACAUGCUGGAGGGGACCGGGAGCAACUCCAAGGUCUCCUCCGUGGCCAAGGAGGCCACGCCAAAAACAACGGAAGAGGAGAAGAGAGAUGUCCCCAAGAAAAGGGCUUCGCUCCAGGACCUGUGGGAGGAGAUCAGCAAGUUUAAGGAGGCGCAGUCCAGCCUGGAACAGGACGUGCGGGAGAUGAAGGAGGCCAUGCAGGAGGCGCAUUCUGGCCUGGAACAGGACAUCCAGGAGGUGAAGGAGGCGCAUGUCGGCCUGGCAGAGGACAUGCAUGCCCUGCAGGAGGCGCAUUCUGGCCUGGCGGAGGACAUCCAGGAGAUCCAGGAGACGCUUGGCCUGGAGGGUGGUGGGGGCCAGUCUGCCCCCGCUGAGCCCACCCAGGUGGCCAUGGACAGCCAGGCCAGGAGGAGCUCAGCACUGGAGCCAAAGGGACGUGGGGCACAGCCUGGGAUGGAGACCAGCAAGGGGACUGCAGGGUCUGGCUCCCCGGGGAUGCAAGCAGGGAUACAGGGGCAACCAGCGACCCCUGUGAAGUUGUCAGGCGCUCCCUCCAUUCACAAGAGGUCUAUUGGUGCCAACGCCACCACCCCGGGGAUGCAGCCAGGAUCCCCGGGCACCCAGGCCAGCACCUCCCUGGGGACACAACCAGGGGCCCCUGAUGCCCAGGCCAGCACCGCGGGGAUGCAGGCAGGAUCCCCUGGGACCCACACCACCACCCCUGGGGUGCAGCCUGGGUCCUCCAGCUCCAAAGCCACCAUCCCAGGGGAUGCCCAAGAGCCGGCCAAGCCCUGGGGCUCCACCAGCACCUCAAGCUACGAGUCGGAGAUGCGGGAGGUGCUGUCACAGGUUGGGCAGCUCGGCCAGCUCUGCGCUGGUCUGAAGGAACAGGUGGAGCAGCUUAAAUCUACAAAAGCAGAAAGCACAGAUCUUGAGGACGUGCGCCGGCUCUUCCCAAAGGGAGGCCGGCAGAGCAUCACCAGCAUCCUGGCCGACCUCAGGUGCCAGGUGUCCUUCCUGCAGGACAUGGCCAGGGCCCUCCACGGGGAGAAGGAGAAGAUCAGCAAGGUGGAGGAUGCUCCCAGAAAGACGAGGGGGUCUGGAGCCGGUAGGAAAGCAGACGGCAGUGGCCAGAUGACCCAACAGCCACGGCCCAAGGGACAGAAGGUCAAGGCAGAGCGCAAGGAGCUGGGGAAGCAGCAGGAGCCAACCCAGGCCGAGCUGGAGCAGUUUGCGGCCAAGUACGUGAAUAAGUUGGUGAUGGAGGCAGCACAGCAGCUGCAGGCAGAGCAGGUGGACGAGCCGAGGACGACGGCGCAGAGCGGGGGACACGAACACGCAGGGUGCCACGUCUGCAGCCCGGACACCAGGGUGCUGCUGGGAAAGCUCCUCCAGCGCUGCGAGAAGCUCGAGGAGCAGGUGGAGUCCCUGGUCCAGAAGGCGGGCAGCAAGGUGGAGAGUCAUCCGAAGUGGAGGAGACAGUCCCUGCAGCAGGACGAGCAACUCAAGUGCCUCCAGGCCAGCAUCAUGCAGCUACAAAAGGACUAUGAGAAGUUGAGCUCGGCCCUUGCAAACCUCCAGCAGGAUCGUCAGCAGAAGCAGAAUGACAUCAAGGCUCUGUCCCAGGCCCUGGGGAGGCUGGAGAAGAAGCAAGCAGACAAGGAGGAGAUGCUGGUGCUGGGAAUCGAUGAGAAAGCAGACAAAGCCGCCCUGGCUGACAAAGUCAGUCGCAGCCAGCUUGAGGCGUGCGAGGAGCGGCUGACCAAGAUGAUGGAGGAGGUGACGAGCCAGGUGACGGGCCAGGAGAAGGGCUGGCACCAGUUCCAGCGAGAGCUGCAGAGACAGAUGGACUGCAAGCUGGACCGCCGGGAGCUGGGGGCGUUCCGGCAGCAGCAGGAGGAGCGGUGGAAGAGCCUCAGCGGGCAGCUCCAGGAGAAGGCGCUGCAGGCAGAGCGUGACGAUGCCGCUGGGAUUAGGAAGCAGCUGCUGCCCGGUUUCCAUUGCCUGUCCUGCGACCGGCCCCUCAACAUGCUGGCACCUGGACCGGAGCGGACGGGCGAGUGUAGAUACCCCACUGUUCCGCGGAGCUGCGGAGGCCAACACACCGUCACGCCCCCGCGUUUCCAGCCCCAACCGCCCAGCACCCCACGGCCAUCCAAACCCAGUGCCCGCAGCCCCAACAAGAAGGACGCGAUGCAGCUGUCGGGCCAGGACGGCACUGAUGGGAACCGGCAGGACGAGCAGCUCUCCAUGAUGGGGGGCUCUGAGCUGCCCACAAUGCCAAGGGCCACCCCAGACACCCCGACCUCCAGGAACCGGCCAAGCACCCGCUCCUCGCUGAGAUCAGCCGUGCUGCAGCACCUACCAGUCUCGUCUCCCAGACGCUUCACCCUGGCACCGCAGCUGCUGCCGCCCAUCCCGCCCCCCCGCCGUGAACCAACCCCCUGACAGCCGGGCAGGACGGGGUCCCGGCCCCGGUCCCACCGCCCCGGGCACUGAGCAGGCAGCGGCUGCAAUAAAUGGCGAUGGGAAACCAAGCACCGGUGUGGUCUGAGAGGAGUCCCUGGGGCAGGAUGGCAGAAAGCCCCGCUGUGUUUGCUUUUUCAGGAGAAAAAUAAGUGCUAAAAAGGCGCUUUGGGGGUGCCCAGGUGGAUCCAGUUGGUAUCCAGGCCCCCCCAGAAGGAGCACGAGGAGCAAACCAGUGGGCACCAGGGCAGAGCCAGCAGAGGCCCAUCCUGCCCCCGGGUGGGGCUGAGGUGUCCAUGGGCUUCAGAAACACCCCUGGGACUAACUGGGGGGACGGGGUGAGGGGGGAACCAGGGGGCUGUGCAAGAAGCCGGGCUGGCUGUCGGCAGCCGGAGGAGGGGAGCGCUUUGCGCUUUGCUCUGGGUCAGGGGAUCCAGAACUGGGGGGACGCAGCAGCUUCGUGCCCCGCCCCGGGGUGCCCGCAGCCGCCAUGUCGCAGAUGUAUUGUUAACCCCGUCUCCCCCCCACUUCCCCCUUUUGCCCCUCCCUCUCCCCCCUUCCCACUCAGGACAGGCGAUCCGGAGGGAAAGAAGGACACAGAGAAGAGAGUUGGAAAAACUGGCAAUGUUUUACUAAUGCUAUAUUAAGAGUAGAGAAAAUAAUACAAAACCAAUCCUGAAAGUCUCAGCAACUGCAGAGCCGGCACCUGAAGUCCUGGACUGGACUCUGCAGCCAACCGGAGCUGGAUUCAGUCUCUCAGUAGGCCUCAGUUUGCAGGGACGACUAGCAAGGUCCUCUCCUAAUGUCACCAUAAGCAGAAGGGACGAAAAGGGGCAAAGAGGACAAGAUCCUCAUGAUCUGCCACUUGUAUAUGAAGUAUUCAUGUGAAGGGGAUGUUAUACACGGUUGGUCAGUUUGUUGGUCACCUGUUUCUUGUUGCUCCUCUUGCAAGAUGUGAAUCUGUCCUUAUCAACAAGUAAGCAUUCCAUUGCAAUGUUUAUCAAAACAUGUAUCUGGUUCUCCAGGAAAAGGCAGCUAAUAUGAAGCUUUAGCUGACAGGCAAAUUCAUGCUGUCUGCCUAUCAGAUUGCCGGAGGGGCGGGCGUCGAGGGCUGGGUACUGCGUGCCGCCCGCAGCCAAUGAUGGUGCGGAAGAGGCGGGCGUUGCGGUGUCCCUACUGCGCAUGCCCCAGUUGCGAGCGCUGAUAGGCGGAGAGGGAGAUGAUUGACGUGUCCCGGGGAGCCAACCGGGAUGCGGCAAGGGGCGGGUGCUGCAGUCUCCCUAGUGCGCAUGCCCAAACCGCGAGCGCUGAUAGGUCCGCGGUGUCUCGGGGCCGGGGCCGGAGACCGGGAGCGAACGGGAACGGGGGUCGGGGCGGCUGCGGAGCGCUCGCUGCGGCCGGCGCCCGGGCAUCGGGAGGCGGGCGGCUCAGGGCCGCCCUUCGUGAGGUUCCCCGGAGGCGGCAGGAGGGCGGAGGGGAAGGAGGCGACAGCCGGGGACCUCCCGCCGCGGGCGUCUCGGGGGCGCGGCGGCUGUCGGUGCCCGCGGAGCCCGGCGGGACGGCGGGGGAGCGCGAGGGGAACGGAGCGGCGAAAGAGGCGGCAGUGGAUCCGUCUGGCAGUCGGUGGCCCACGGUUGCUCGGCAACAGCAGAAGCGGAUUGAAGGGACCGGCCGCUGGAGGAUGCCGAAGCCUCCCGGGUCAGCGGUGGGAGCAGCUUUGUGUAAAGCGAGGGGUACGUGAAGCCGGGCGUGCGGUGCCGACCGCCCAGCAGGUAAGGGAAGCUAAAGCUUUACCUCCAGGGACUUCUGCCCAGAAAGCUGAAGCAAUUGCUCUCGCGUGAGCUGUAGAGUUACGCAAAGAGAAGAAGAUUAGUAGCUGCACUGAUUCUAAGCAGGUUUCUUGAAGGGUGCGGGCCCUUGAAGCCGUUUGAAAAGAAUAAAGUGUAUUAACGGCACAAGGGAGGCAGAUUAAACGUGAUGCUCCGGUUGCUGGAAGCUGUGCUGUUGCUAGGAGAGUUGCCGUCACGCGUUGCAACGGGCCUCAGAAGGGAAACGCUGCUCAGGAAACUGGCAAUAAAUUGGCAGGCGCCGCUGUCAAACCAGCCACCGAGAGGACAGAGACCGGUACGGAAGCCGCGUCUCUGAGCCCAGGUGGCCGUGUCCUCCAGCCAACGUCAGGGAACUGUAACAAAGAGGAUAAGCAAUUAAUAGGAGAUUUAUAGCCCGAUCAGAAUUAGGGUCCAAAGGAGCCGUCACCGGCGACGGGAGAGCAGCGGCGCCUCGCGGCGCGAGGAGCUGAAGCGCUCUGUCGAGAUCGGACGAACAGGUAAGAGCGAAUUUAGAAGCUCUGUGCGAACGAGUCAGUGGGAAACGUGCCUAGAAAACCAUCUUGAUGGUGCACGCGGGGUACAGACAAGAGCAGCCGGACGAGGGAAACGUACCAGGACAACGCUGGCAAAGGGAGUUCUCCGAGCUGCCUGGAAAAGGGGGGUGUCGAUACCGGCCGGCACGAACGGCUCCCUUCUCGGGUCGGCCGGAAGCGUUGCCGUGCCGGGGGGCGGCUGCCGGCCUGCGGGCCGGGGCUGCGGCUGUUUGGGGUGCUGCCCCCGCUUUGUUUUCCUCGGGGAGCCCCCCCACGUUCGGGGGCUUGUGGGACGUGCACGUGCGAAUGACACGGUGUUCCCAGCUGCUCUGUUCUCUGCCUUGUUUUUUCAGACGCCUGUCCCUGUUUUCUCUUCCCGCUUUUGAAGAGAAGCUGCCGAGUCAGCGUACGCUGCGGUGAAGUUCUACAAGAUGCGGCCCUCAGGAACCGGUUGACGUGAGGGAAAUGCUUUCUGACCGCCUGCGCGGUGAGGGGACGUUUUUCACCUUUUAGCUCCUUCUGCACGACAAGAGGGAGACGGAAGAGGGGGAGCUGUGACCGCCCCGUGCUCAGCAGACCCCCCAGCCCGGGUGGGGGGAGCAGCGCCGGAGCGGGAGACGCGGCUCCGUCCUCCGUCCCCAGCGUGCCGGGGGGCGGCUGCCGGCCUGUGGGACGUGGCUGCGGCUGUUUGGGGCGCUGCCCCCCCAUGUUUGGGCGCUCUGAGCAGCCCCAUGUGCUGUUAAAGGUUGUGGUGGUGCGGGUCAGGGAUCCCCAGGCUGUGCCGAGACCGCAGGACGGCUGCUGGUGGAACAAAGUCCGGGACAGCUUCUCAGAUGUUUUAGAGACGGAUUCUUGCAGGAUCUAUUUCUGGUUCGUCCUUCACUCCUCCCCAGACCGCAGCGCUGGUCCGAGUUCCCCAGCACACGUGUGUGUGUCCAGCCGGGUACGCUGGGGGAGCGCGUCAGGGCGGGCAGACGCUGAAUGGACGCGCUGUCAGCGACUGCGGAACGAGCUGGGGCUGCUUUGACCAGUGCCCCACAGCUAUCACCGCAGCCGCCCCAUCCCGCCCCACGGCCGCCGCUGCGGGACCCCUGGAGCCCCCGGCCCCACACCCGCCCCGCAGCCCCACAGCGCGCGGUCUCGCGGCCGCGGUGCCGGUGAAGCCACGUGCCGGCCGCGGCCGGAGGAGCCGCCGGUUUUCCCCCCCCACACCCCGAUCGCUGCUGCCGCGGCCGGAGGAGCCGCCGGUUUCCCCCCCCACAUCCCCCGAUCGCUGCUGCCGCGGCCGGAGGAGCCGCUGGUUUCCCCCCCUCACACCCCCCGAUCGCUGCUGCUGCCGCGGCCGGAGGAGCCGCCGGUUUCCCCCCCACACACCCCCCGAUCGCUGCUGCUGUCGCGGCCGGAGGAGCCGCCGGUUUCCCCCCCACACACCCCCCGAUCGCUGCUGCCGCGGCCGGAGGAGCCACCGGUUUUGCCCCAACAUCCCCCGAUCGCUGCUGCUGCCGCGGCCGGAGGAGCCGCCGGUUUCCCCCCCACAUCCCCCGAUCGCUGCUGCUGCCGCGGCCGGAGGAGCCGCCGGUUUCCCCCCCACACACCCCCCGAUCGCUGCUGCUGCCGCGGCCGGAGGAGCCGCCGGUUUUCCGCCCAGCCCCGACUCUCCUCCUUCCUCCUCAAUCGCCGCUGCAUGCCGCCACGAUGUCUUCUCUUCCGCCAUCUUGUUUCCCCCUUCUGCGCUCAUUCGCUAUUUUAUACCGAGGGAGGGAGGAGGCGCUCGCUGAUUGGCUGACAGUGUCAGCCUCGGAAGUCGUCCAUUGGCUCAUCCCCACGAGGGGUUCUCCGAGGGGGUGGGAGAAAGGCGCUGAUUGGUCACCGUGUCGCUGAGGGGAGGAAGGCACUGAUUGGUCACUUUCCGCCGAAGUUCGCCCUCCCAGUAACAGGCGCUGAUUCGCUAGCUCGCCGACGUUAGCCCACAGCAACGAAGCGCUGAUUGGGCAGCGCGGCUGACGGGGCGGCUCGGCCAUUGGCAGGAGGGCGGGCGGGGGGCGGGACCGGGCGGGACAACGAGGUAAUAAAUGGGGCGGCGCAGAACGCGCGCAGGACCAGAAAGGCGGAGGCGGCAGCGCCAGCGCGAGCUCAUCGGCCCCCCCCCCCCCCCCCCCCCCCGCCCCCCCGCGGCGGGAAACCCGAGAACGGCAGGAACGGCGGCCGGAAUCAGUUAACGGGGCGGGUCAGGGCGGUAAUUAUCGUGCGGGUGUUAAUUGGGGCUCGGCGGGUUAAUGAGUGACCGGCGGGCUGGGGUGUAUGUGGGGGUUUUGAUCGGAACUGGGGUUUUAAAGCCGCGGGUUUGUGGGGGGGGGGGGGGGGGGGCGGGGGCGAUUAAGGCUCCCGGAGCCGCUUUAGCGGCUUAAAUCGUUGUGUUGAACGCGGGAGGAGCCGGUUCGGGGCUUUUCUCAGCAAUCGGGGCUGGUUUGGGUCCAAUUCGGCUUUUAAAAGAUGUUUUUACGUAAUUUUUGGGUGCCGAUUUGUGCCAGAAGGCGCCUUUGAAAUCUGUUUAUUGAGGGUUUAUCAGGAGAAUUAAAGUUUAAAGCUCGGGGAGAUUUGGGGCUUUUCCCCGGGAUUUUGAGUCCAAAUCGUUUUUUUUAGAGCCCUUAUUUAUUUAAAUUGUUAUGUUUAAAGGGUUUAUUUGAGGUUUUAUUUGGAACAUUUUGGGCGGGUUUGAGGCUCCUAAGAUUUAAUUGUUGGUUUAUUAUUUGAUUUAUUAUUUCACUGCGGUUCGGGGCUCCUGAAGACGCUGAGUUGUUUCAAUUAUUUAGCGCUGUGAGGAGCCGUUUUGGGGCCGUUGGGGUCUAAAUCGGCUUUUUAAAAGGUUUAUUUAACGCGUUUAAAGUUUGAGGGGCCGAUUUGCGACUUUAAAGCUUUUUGAAUCUACUUAUUGAUAAGAAUUUAUACAAUAGAUUAAUAUUCAAAGCCCGGGGGGAGAUUUGGGGCUGUUUCCCAGGAUUGCGAGUCCAAAUGCGUUUUUUUCUGUUAACCGCUUAUUAAUUUAAAUUAUUAUAUUUAAACGGGGCUUUUUGAGGUUUUAUGAGGGUUUUUUUGAGCAUUUUGGGCGGUUCUGAGGCUCCUAAAGCCGCUUAAUUGUUUAAAUUAUUAAUUGUUAAAAUAAUGUAAGUAGUUGUUGAAAUAAGUGUGUAAGUUAUUGUAUUUAAAGCCGGGAGGGGCAUUUCGUUGCUUUUUGGGGGGUUUUAGGGCUGAAUUCACUUCAUUGAACGUGUCUAGAGCUGGGGGUCCCAGAUCUGGUGCUGAUUUGGCCCCAAAAAAAGCUUUAAAAAUCUAUUUAUUUAUAUAAUUUACUGAAUUAAUAUUUAAGCGGGAACAUGUUCGGCUUUUUUAACCCGCCGCCAUUUUGUCUCCCCCGUCCCGCUCUUCCUCACGCUGAGGGGGCCGAGGAGACGCUCGCUGAUUGGCCGGUGCCGUCUGGCGGGAAAGCCUCCCCCGGCUCAGCCCCGCUCGGCUGUCUCCGAGGGAGAGAAAGGCGCUGAUUGGUCGCUGCCUCUGAGGAGAGAAAGGCGCUGAUUGGUCGCCGCCUCCCUAAACCCACCUCCUGCGCAGAGAACAGCGAAGGCAGCCUGGCCACGCCCCCUCCGGCUGACCGCGCCCCCCGCUCCGGCUGACCGCGCGUGCCCCCCCCCCCCGCAACUCGGCUGACCGCGUGCCCCCCCCCAACUCCGGCUGACUGUGCCCCCCCGCCCCCCCCGGCUGACCGCGUGCCCCCCCCACUGCACUCCUGCUGACUGUGCGCCCCCCCCACCUCCUCCGGCUGGCCACAUCUCCACUGCACACCAUGGCGGGGAGGGGGCAGGGGGGGAUCACAAGGGUCUAUGGGGCGGUGUGGGGGUCAGGGCGGCUGUGGGGUCAAUGGGGUUGUUGUGGGGUGAAACACCCCUGAAGAGGCUGAACCCCCUACAGGUGAGUGACCCACACAGUGCCCCACAGUGCCCCAUAGCACCUCCAUUCUGCCCUACGGAUCCACAACACUGCCCCACAGCACCCUAUAGCUCCUGCUUGCUAUCCCACAGCACCCCAUGGCUUCUCCACUCUGCCCCAUAUGUCUACAGCAGUGCCACAGAGUACCUCAUAUGUCUUCCACUCUGCCCCAUGGGUGCAGAGUGCUGCCCUACAGCACCCUAUAGCUCCUGUACUCUGCCCCACAGAUCCACAGUGCUGUCCCAUAGCACCCUAUAGCUCAUCUGGCCUAUAGACCCACUGUACUGCCCUACAAUGCCCCAUGGCUCCUACACUCUGGCCCAUAGACCCACAACACUGCCUCACAACACCCCAUUGCUCCUGCACUCUGCCCCAUGGAUGCCCAGUACUGCCCCACAGCACCAUAUAGGUCCUGUACUCUGCCCCAUAUAUCCACAGGAGUGCCCUGCAGCACCCCAUGGCUCCUGCACUCUGCCCCAUGGAUGCCCAGUACUGCCCAACAGCACCAUAUAGGUCCUGUACUCUGCCCCAUACAUCCACAGGAGUGCCCCCCAGCACCCUAUGGCUCCUGCAUUCUGACCCAUGGAUGCCCAGUACUGCCCCACAGCACCAUAUAGGUCCUGUACUCUGCCCCAUACAUCCACAGGAGUGCCCCCCAGCACCCCAUGGCUCCUGCACUCUGCCCCAUGGAUGCCCAGUACUGCCCCACAGCACCGUAUAGCUCCUCUACUCUGCCCCAUACAUCCACAGGAGUGCCCCCCAGCACCCCAUAGUGACUCUACUCUUCCCCAUAGACCCACAGUGCUGCCGCACAGGACUCUACUCUGCCCCUUAGACCCAGAGAGCUGCCCCACAGCAGCCUGUAGGUGCUGCGUUCUGCCCCAUUGGUGCAAAGUGCUGCCCCACAGCGCCCCACACCUCUGUCCACCUGACCACCCUUCCCUCCUGACUGCGCCUGCACUGCCCACUAUGGGUGGGUCACAAGGGUCUAUGGGGCGGUGUGGGGGUCAGGGGGGCUGUGGGGUCAAUGGGGUUGUUGUGGGGUGAAACACCCCUGAAGAGGCUGAACCCCCUACAGGUGAGUGACCCACACAGUGCCCCACAGUGCCCCAUAGCACCUCCAUUCUGCCCUACGGAUCCACAACACUGCCCCACAGCACCCUAUAGCUCCUGCUUGCUAUCCCACAGCACCCCAUGGCUUCUCCACUCUGCCCCAUAUGUCUACAGCAGUGCCACAGAGUACCUCAUAUGUCUUCCACUCUGCCCCAUGGGUGCAGAGUGCUGCCCUACAGCACCCUAUAGCUCCUGUACUCUGCCCCACAGAUCCACAGUGCUGUCCCAUAGCACCCUAUAGCUCAUCUGGCCUAUAGACCCACUGUACUGUCCUACAAUGCCCCAUGGCUCCUACACUCUGGCCCAUAGACCCACAACACUGCCUCACAACACCCCAUUGCUCCUGCACUCUGCCCCAUGGAUGCCCAGUACUGCCCCACAGCACCAUAUAGGUCCUGUACUCUGCCCCAUAUAUCCACAGGAGUGCCCUGCAGCACCCCAUGGCUCCUGCACUCUGCCCCAUGGAUGCCCAGUACUGCCCAACAGCACCAUAUAGGUCCUGUACUCUGCCCCAUACAUCCACAGGAGUGCCCCCCAGCACCCUAUGGCUCCUGCAUUCUGACCCAUGGAUGCCCAGUACUGCCCCACAGCACCAUAUAGGUCCUGUACUCUGCCCCAUACAUCCACAGGAGUGCCCCCCAGCACCCCAUGGCUCCUGCACUCUGCCCCAUGGAUGCCCAGUACUGCCCCACAGCACCGUAUAGCUCCUCUACUCUGCCCCAUACAUCCACAGGAGUGCCCCCCAGCACCCCAUAGUGACUCUACUCUUCCCCAUAGACCCACAGUGCUGCCGCACAGGACUCUACUCUGCCCCUUAGACCCAGAGAGCUGCCCCACAGCAGCCUGUAGGUGCUGCGUUCUGCCCCAUUGGUGCAAAGUGCUGCCCCACAGCGCCCCACACCUCUGUCCACCUGACCACCCUUCCCUCCUGACUGCGCCUGCACUGCCCACUAUGGGUGGGUCACAAGGGUCUAUGGGGUGGUGUGGGGGUCAGGGCGGCUGUGGGGUCAAUGGGGUUGUUGUGGGGUGAAACACCCCUGAAGAGGCUGAACCCCCUACAGGUGAGUGACCCACACAGAGACCCACAGCAGCCCAUAGCCCCUCUGCCCUAUAGAGUCACUGCACCCCAUAGCUGCUUUUACUCUGCCACAUAAAUGGACAGCAGUGCUCCACAGCACCCUAAGUCUCCACUGUGCCCCAUAGACACACAGUGCUGUCCCACAGCACCCCAUAUCUUGUUCACUCUGCCCUAUAGACCCACAGUGUAACCCUACAGCACCCCAUAGUUCCUCUGCCCUAUAGAUCAACAGCACUGUCCCAGAAAACACCAUAGCUUCUUCCCACUAGCCCAUAGGCCAGCAAUUCUGCCCUACAGCGCACUAGCUCCUGCACCCUGCCCCAUAGACCCACAGCAGUGCCCCACAGAUCCAGUCUGCCCUAUACAGCCACAGCACUGCUCUGCAGCACCAUAUACUUCCAGCACUCUGGCCCACUGAUAUGUAGCACCCCACAGCUGCUGCAUUCUGCCCAUAGAUCGACGUUCCUGGGUCCCCUCACCCCACCAGCUGUCCUGGGUUGCGAUGCUGCACGGGGCCCUGUGCACAACAAAAUGAGGACAGCAUGGCUGCUGGGCGGCACCCUGCUUGGAAUCCAAGAUGGCUGGGGGGGCAGGGCUGGCAGCCAUGCUGGCACUGCCGGAGGGGCUGUUGGUCUGCACCGUGCUCAGGCGGCAGCUCCCGGCUGUAUCGGCUGCUCCUGUAGCCCUGCACCCUGCCCAUGGGAACAAGGUGGCUGCCCUGAUGGGCGUGGCCAUCUCGGCUGCUGUGUCCCUGCUGGUGGGCGGGGCCAUGGCUGUCAUGGCUGCCAAGCCUGUGCUGGAAGGGUGGGGCUGAGGUGGGUGGUGCCUGCCUAGGGUGGCCAUUUUGGGGUGGGGCCCAAGGUGGGUGGUGGGGCCUGUGACUCUGUUUGCCCCUGACGGCCAUCUUGGAAAAGGGCAGCACUGUGCCGCUGCCAUCCUGACGUUGCUCCCCCAGGGCCAUGUUGGGGGAUUUUUAACCUGGUUUUGGGGCCAAUUCUCACCCAAUAAAAUUAAAUAAUGUAAAAAAA